UGACAGCUGUAGCGUUGUAACUAACCCGUUUCCUAACCGUAAACUUAUUAACCUAAUCUGCUACAUUAGUUAUCGUAACCUACUAUGUAAACAAACCACCAGUGCUGAAAAAACGUUAGUAUCACCACCACCGGGCAUUCCAGUAUGACCCGUAUGCUGUUUAGUAGUCAGAGCUUUUAAGGAGCUCUGAGUCAGACGGAAACUAUUUUCCUGGUUGCUCUUUGGCCUGGGAGUGGCAACAUGAAAUCGUAGCAAGGAAAUGAUGCAAGCUUGAUGUUGUCGCCACCGUGAAUGCUUUUCUUUUGGUGCUUCGGAAUACAGAAACAGUAACCUAGGAAUUAAUAUGUUUAGGAAUUAAAAUAAAAUACACUCGAGAUACCGAUUGUAUAUGAUUACUUUACAAUGUUUAAAACGUCUUACUGGAGGUUAGUGAAGUUCUUUAUCAUUGCAGGUGUACUCACAUUUGUUGUUAAUAUCUUACUGAACAAAAAAGCUCAGCCAAAGAUGGAUUUAUCAACACCAAUUCUUCUGUCUCGGGAACUUUACAAGGUGAUUUCCCCAGAGACCUACAAAUACGUUCUCAACCAUGUAUCUGUGUGUAAGGAAAGAAGCCCGUUUCUGGUGCUAAUGGUUCCAGUGGCACCCGAUGAUGGGUUGUCCAGGGAUGCUAUCAGAAAGACAUGGGGCAGACCAGGCCUCAUCUCUAAUGUGGAUAUCCUCACUCUGUUCUAUGUGGGCCUGCCCAAGGAGGGACAAAGCUCCCACAUUCAACAGGACCUGGAGAAGGAGAGCAAAGAACACGCUGACAUCAUCCAAAUGGACUUCCUGGACAGCUACCACAACCUGACCAUCAAGUCCAUGAUGAUCAUGGACUGGCUCGCCACCCACUGUCAGGGUGCCUCUUAUGCGAUGAAGGUGGACACAGACAUUUUCGUCAACGUGUUCUACCUGGUCAAUAAGCUGUUAGUUGAAGGUGGCCCUCUCAGGCAUAAGUACAUCACAGGCUCAGUCAUCAGUGACGGCAGGCCUCGUAGGGAUAAGAAGAGUAAGUGGCAUCUGUCUGAGGACAUUUACCCUGAAGACACGUUCCCCCCAUAUGUCUCUGGAGCAGGGUAUGUCUUCUCUAUUGACCUGGCCAACAGGAUUUCAUGGGCAUCCAGGUUUGUGAGACCCAUUCCCCUGGAGGAUGUCUAUGUGGGGUUGUGUCUCAGGGUACUAGGGGUCCGGCCUGUGUACUCUCAAACACUGCUUCCUCCCAGGAACUUGUUUGAGAUCAAACGGUUGAAUUAUGAGACGUGUACUUUUGCCACGCGGGUCAUUGUCACUGGAUUUAAACCACAUGAGCUGCUGGACAUUUGGGGUGACUUUCAGAAAAGCCAUCUCACCUGCUGAUGUCUCAAUUUAGUCUUUCUUAUGCACUAAAAGGAAUAACUAGCCCUCAAAUGAAUGUGUAUGUUUCUUUGUUUUCUCCAGUGGUGGAAAAAGUACCCAAUUGUGCUCCUUGAGUUAAAGUCUAAAAGUAUUUGGUUCUAAAUAUACUUAAGUAUUCAAAGUAAAAGUAUAAAUAUUUUGCAAAUUCCUUAUAUUAAGCAAAGCAGACGGCUCCAUUUUUUUGUUUUUCAAAUUUACAGAUAGCCAUGGGCACACUCCAACACUCAGAUAUAGUUUACAAAUUUUGCAUUUGUGUUUAGUGAGUCAGCCAGAUCAGAGGCAGUAGGGAUGACCGCUUGUUAUCUUGAUAAGUGCGGGAAUUGAACCAUGUUCCUGUCCUGCUAAGCAUUCAAAAUGUAACGAGUACUUUGGGUAUCAGGGAAAAUUCAUGAAGUAAAAAGUACAUUAUUUUCUUUAGGAAUGUAGUGAAGUAAAAGUUGUAAAAAAAAAAAAUAGAAAAGAUACCCCAAAAAACUACUCAAGUAGUACUUAGAAAUAUUUUUACUUAAGUACUUUACACCACUGGUUUUCUCUGAUAUUACAACUAGUGGAGGCAAUGUUCUUUGAUGUCAUACACAAUAUCUUGAACUUGUCUGGUGUUUGUUGGCAAAAUUAUAAGCUAAAAUGAGGUGAAAGGUUUAUUAUCGACCUUUAAUACUAAAGCAGUUGAAAUAAAAUUAGAUGUAAUCAUUCCAAACGUAAGCAAAGAUCUGCAGUUACACUUGAUAAACAGCUGGUGGCAUAGUUCACCCACUAUCCUAUUAUAAUGACGUGGAAGAGAACAGAUCAGCGUCACAGUGCAAUGGCGUGUGGUGUCAUGGCCAGAGUAUCAUUACAAGUCACAUAUGUUAUUUAAUCAUGUCUAUUGAAGUGCCUUCUGAUCAUAGAACAUAUUUAAUCUGUCCAACUACUACCUCAGGAAAUGUAUUCCACAUUAUCUACAAUGCAUUUUUAUCCUCUGCACUGAAUAGUGUCAUUGAACAAGUAGGCCAUACUCCAAAUUCACCUGACUAUCUUUAAUGCAAUGUAAUUUAACUGAGGAAAAUGUAUAUAUUUAUGUCUUUAUUUAGUUAUUUGAUGUUAUAGUAUAGUAAUCCAUAUCAUCAUAACGAAGUGCUUGUUGGCGGUGGCUGUUACAUAAUUGCUUUGGGAAAAUAGUCAAGUUAACAGAGGAAUGAAGAUGUCCUCAGAUGCUGUGUAAUCACAGGGUGGAUGAAUGGUAAAGCUAUGAUAUAAUGAUAGAAUCUCCCUGCAGCAGAAGAGAGAUGUCUUAGUGAGCGGGAUCAAAAAUAGGCGGAUGAUUCAUGAACAUUAGAGCCGGCAGCCCGCUUCUCUCAGCCAGCCUGCAGCAGAUGGUUGUAGGACCAGUCACACUAACCAUAGCACCAUACGACAGUGACAAACAACAAGUUCCAGCCUUUCGUUGUUAUGCUACUUUACCUCUUUUGUAUUUAUUUGGUUCCCACACUUUGGUGCACUCAAGCCUGUAAACAACCUUGUUCCUCUUUACCGGCUCCAAUGUUAUCUUCAUGCAAACUCUGUUUGACAUCACAAUGUUCCUAGAAAUAUAGCUGGUUCAGUUACAGGGACUGUCUAUGUCAACACUGUGUAAAAUUAUAAUAUAUUAAAGACUUAGCUAGAAUAA